UUCUGCUUAGACAUAAUUUAUUAACAAAUUAUAUUGAUUAAAUUAAGUACUUAUUUUUAUAUUUUGAAAAAAUAUUCUUUAACGAUUUCUGCGGAAACGAAAUCGGCAACAUCGCGCUGUCAUUUUUAUGACUUGUAAACAUUGCCUGAAAAGAUUAUGUCAAACUAGAAAUAAUCCUUUAUAAGAUAUGCCAGUUAUAAUAAAAAAAGAGAAUCCCUCUUCCAGCGAUAGAAGCAAGAAAGCCAUGGACGAUGUAGAAGGAGCCAAAUCUGCUAUAAAAAGAUUUAUAGGAGAUGUUAGCAAGAGCUCUGCUACUAAGCAAAUAAUCUUGGGGGCCUCCUCUGGAUGGGUAACCGGAUUCUUAUCUAUGAGAGUAGGAAAAACUGCUGCAAUGGCAUUAGGUGGAGGAAUUAUUCUUCUUCAAAUAGCUAAUGAAAAGGGUUACAUUAAAGUCAAUUGGGACAAAGUUAAUAGAAACCUAGAUCAAGUUGCAGAUAAAGUAGAAGAACAACUAACUGGAGAAGCAGUAUCCUGGAUGGAUAAGGGUGAACGGUUUGUUGAUAGAAAGUUAGACCAAGCAAAGGACAUUGCUAAAAAGGGACAGAAGAAAGCGAAGCGAUGGUACUCUGGUGAAAAUUGCCAGCUGCGAGAAGUGCAUAUAUUUAUGAUAUCGUUUGUAGCUGGUGUCGCCAUAGGAAUAGGCACUGCGUAGACUUAAAAUAUUGUUAGAAUUUUUUAGAUCUUAUUACAAUUGCUAUAAGCAAUAUAACAUUUAACAAACGCUUAAAGACAUCAAUAUCUCGAAUGAUUUCUAGUUUUCAACGUUUUAAGUAUUGUUUGAACAGUAUUUAACUGUAGUGAUAUCAAUUUUUAUUUGCUAAUAUAGCGUAUUUGCCAAAAUAAAUAGAACGUAACAUAAAAAUUAUAUUAAGUACUAGUCAAUAAAACUUAAAGCCCUGUUCACAUUAUUCCAGUAGAAGGCUAGUCCAGUGGUCGAAAAAGCUCUUGAAAUGUCAAUAUCACAGUAAAAAUCAUUUCAAGAAGAAAGCAGUUCUCUGUUUUAAGUGACAAACUAUAGAUUCUGUUCUUUAUUUAACUUUUUCGCCAUGAAUACGUUAAAAAAACUUAUCCACAUGAAACAGUAACAUGUGUUGAAUGUAUAACGUUUUUACCAGCAAUGGAUAAGCCUUCUGCAUGAUUCCAGUUGCGUCGGAUUGAACAGUAGAACCGGAUCCAGUACCUAUUCACAUUUUUUUAGCUGCCAUUUAAUGUUGUAGUACUGAAAUAAUGCAAACCGAGCAUAAAAUAAGAUAAAAGGAAAAAUUCCUCUCAUUGGCUGUAUACCAUAAUAAAAAAUUUAUUAAGUAAAACUUCUCUUGGAGGUAGAUGGUAUAUAAUUUUAUUAAAGUUUUUUCAAAAAGGUUCCAAGUUGGAUUAAAGUGGGUACAUCACUAGUACAAAACAAACGUUUUCGGACUAAUCAGUCCAUCAUCAGGUUGAAACUUCAGAUCCAAAGUAGUUGGAACUAGCUACAUAGUUAGGUCGAAUGAUCUUAACAUUACAAAAAUUAAGCCAUUUCGGCUACAAAAAUGUCGACAAUAAGUCGAUGUUAAAAGAAUACAAUUAGACUAUAAUGGUGUCUUUAUCUUGGCUUCAAACUGACAUACUUUGUAUCUACCUACAAGAGAAGUUUUACCUCCUUAGUAAACAUAAAAUAAGAGUUUGGUGAAUGUAAAAACCAACUGAGAGCCCUAUUCUGUUGACAGCUAACUGCCGCCAUGUUGGAUUGAGUACAUGACAUCAAUGAACCAAACGCAGCGGCCAUCUUGGACGGUGUCGUGGCGUACAGCUCACCUGCACACGUGGCAGCAAACAUUAAAGAAUGUUAACAAAAGGUCAAAUAAUGUGAGAAAAAUAAGGAAAUUAGCUUUACUAAUUGGUUUUGUACGGUAUUGUUUCUUUUGGCAAAUAUGUGCAUCAUAAUUUUAUCUCGCAUCAUUUGUAAAGAGAACUAUGUAUGAUAUUUAUAUUUUCGUAGAGCAAUAUUCAUAUAUAUUCUAAUCUGAUCUGAUAUAUAACUUUUACUUUAAUUUACUGGGAACAUAUUUAUAUUUGUAUUACAUACCAAAUCAUACGCCAAUAAAUCAUACCCCAUAA